CGCUUUAUAAGGGGAAGCUUCUCAGCUCACCUCUCAGUCUACCUAGUCUACAAGCUAAGGAACACAUCCAAACUGCCUCACGGCAUUACUAUUUUGAAUUAGAACUUUAUCGGCACUUUGCUAAAGGAUGGCAUCCAAGAUGAAGGAUCGCAAGAGAACUCCCAUCUCCCAUAAAGUAAUAGAAAAAAGAAGACGAGAUCGCAUCAACCGCUGCCUAAACGAACUGGGGAAAACCGUGCCAAUGGCGCGCGCGAAACAGAACUCUGGAAAGCUGGAGAAGGCCGAGAUUCUGGAGAUGACAGUUCAGUAUCUACGAGCGCUCCACUCUGCAGACUUCCCCCGAGGCAGAGAAAAGGGUGAGCUACUGGGGGAGUUCGCCAACUACUUCCACUACGGCUACCACGAGUGCAUGAAGAACCUGGUGCACUACCUGACCACGGAGGAGAGGGUUGAGACCAAAGACAUCAAGUACGCAAGGAUCCUGGCCUUUCUUCAGUCCAAGUCCCGGGUCGCCACCGAGCCGGUGUUCGGCUCCCUGGGCGCGUUUCCAGACCAGGCAGAUUAUCUGUGCCAGUUGCACUCCUCCCCGGAGUCACUCCAGAGUCACAGCCCCAACGACUCCGUGUUUCAGCAGAGCCCACCCGGACACUUCUCUUGGCACAGCACGGCGCGCAGCCCGACCAUCUCGUUCCCAACGGUGCCGCUUUCCGCACCGACGCAACAGCACCAUGGUGGCUACCUGUCACCAGUGCAAGGACUUGACCAUCACUACUUCAACUUUUUCAACGGCCACCCGCACGCGAAUGCGUUCAGUUUGCACAGUACGCAACAUGCGUUGUAAAUAGAAUCCGGUUAGCAUUUUGUGUUGUCUUUAUUUAUAUAUGUGUUCAUAAUAAAUACUUAAAGAUUGUGGAUAUUGUAUACUGUACAAUACAUCUUUUUUUUUUUAAGAAAAGUAAAUGUUUAUUUCCCACAGUUUGUUGUUUUCUUGUGGUGUUAUAACGUACAUUGUUCAUCAAUUGGUGAAAACCUCCCUAAAAACCUGAUGGUAUAAUAGCGUUGGUCUAUUGAUUAUGAAUAGGCCCAAUUGUUCAUUCUUCUAAAUCAUUUAUUACAGAAGAGCUCUGCCCAUUUCUACACAAAUAUAUAUUUUUAUUUCUUAAAGGGAUAGGCUAGUUAACUUUUUUUCACAGUUUAUUUUCAACUAACCAAGGGUGUGGUGCUUUUAUUCAACCCGUUUUUAAUCAAAUUAAAUCACAUUUUAUUGGUCACAUGCACACAUUUAGAAGGUGUUUAUUGCGGGUGUAGCGAAAUGCUUGUGUUACAAGCUACAACAGUGCAGUAGCAUAUAAUAAUUCACCACAAUACAUAAAAAUCUAAAAGUAAAAUAAUGGAAUUAAGAAAUAUAUAUAACGUCCUUAACAGGUUAUUUAGCAAGUUCCAGAAUAUCCUAGCAUUUUUGGAGCGUAUAGCAAUGUUAGUGGACAGGAUUGUGGCCUAUUUAAUUGCCAGUAAGAUGCUUGUUGACAAGCAACCGUGGUCCACUUAUCUUUAACCUCUAUAGGCAGGUGUCAUGUAUCGAUAGGACCUUAGGACACUUACAAUUAAAUAAACACUGAACUAACGCA